GUUCACCGCUCGAGCAGGACCGUAGACGCCGCUGUGCGCUCGAGCCUGUUUUGAAAGGCAGAAAGCGCCCCUUCUCUUAAAAAAAAAAAAAAAAAGAAAAAAAAAAAAAAAGGACCAAAAGUUCCCUCUUUCAACACGUUUUUUAAGAAAAAAAAGAUUUUGUAUGUCAAAAAAACCCUCCCACAGUCUUUCUUUGUCUAAUGUGAAGAGUGACUAAAAGGGUUUAAUCGCGCUGUAUUGGCAGUGACGUCCCACGGAAUCUGCAGACUGCCAAGCACUUGGUUCUGGAAGUCCUCAAUGAGUUACCUCUUCUAAGUAGAUUCAGUACACCAAAUCAAUGAUGGGCUCUGAGGAGUCUGAUAUCAAUAUGCAGUGUUAGAGCUGUGUCUGAUCGCUCUGUAGAGACCUGUGUUUUACUGUUGUGCUGUUAGGUAUGGCAUGAGCCGCCUGCUUUCUUCCACAGUCAAGUUCCAGUAGAAUGUGAGAGGCUGAAACACGUAACGGUUUAACCUGCAUAGGUCAAGCAUCAUUAGGAAGGUCAGAGGGGCUAAAGCUGGCCAUGUCACGGGUCCCAACACCCCCUCCGCCGGGGGAAAUGACAUCAGGACCUGUGGCAGAGAGCUGGUGUUACACACAGGUUAAAGUAGUAAAGUUCUCCUACAUGUGGACAAUAAACAACUUCAGUUUCUGUCGAGAGGAGAUGGGCGAGGUUCUGAAGAGCUCUACCUUCUCCUCUGGUCCCAAUGACAAGAUGAAGUGGUGUUUAAGAGUGAAUCCAAAGGGACUUGAUGAUGAGAGUAAAGAUUAUCUGUCCCUCUACUUACUGCUCGUCAACUGUCCAAAAAGUGAAGUACGAGCAAAGUUCAAGUUCUCCCUACUGAACGCCAAAAGAGAAGAAACUAAAGCCAUGGAAAGCCAAAGAGCCUAUCGCUUUGUCCAGGGUAAGGACUGGGGCUUCAAAAAGUUCAUUAGACGUGACUUCUUGCUUGAUGAAGCAAAUGGACUUUUACCAGAUGACAAGCUUACUCUCUUUUGUGAGGUGAGCGUGGUGCAGGACUCUGUGAACAUCUCGGGCCAGUCCAACAUGAACAUGCUGAAGGUACCUGAGUGUCAGCUGGCCGACGACUUGGGCAACCUGUGGGAGGGUUCCAGGUUCACCGACUGCAGCCUGUUUGUGGGAGGACAGGAGUUCAAAGCGCACAAGUCCAUCCUGGCAGCAAGGUCACCAGUAUUCAACGCCAUGUUUGAACACAAAAUGGAAGAAAGUAAAAAGAACCGCGUGGACAUCAGUGACGUUGAACCGGAUGUGUUCAGGGAAAUGAUGGUCUUCAUCUAUACAGGCAAAGCUCCUAACCUGGAGAAAAUGGCCGAUAACCUGUUAGCUGCAGCAGACAAGUAUGCUCUGGAGAGACUGAAGGUGAUGUGUGAGGAGGCUUUGUGUAACAGCCUGUCUGUGGAGAAUGUGGCUGAUAUUCUCAUUCUAGCAGACCUUCAUAGCGCAGAACAACUCAAAGCACAAGCCAUAGAUUUCAUUAACAGAUGCAGUGUUUUCAGACAGUUGGGCUGUAAAGAUGGGAAAAACUGGAAUAGCAAUCAUGCAGCAGACAUUAUGGAGACAGCUGGCUGGAAGGCUAUGAUCCAGUCCCAUCCUCACCUAGUGGCUGAGGCCUUCCGUGCCCUCGCCUCAGCACAGUGUCCUCCGUUCGGCCUGCCCAGAAAACGGCUAAAGCAGUCCUGACCUCCGCCCUUACGGACUUCAUAAAGACACGCCGCCUGUGGAGGCGCCCACCCCACUCUGUCCACCCUCCCUUCAUAUCCUCUGCCCUGCUCCUGCUUCCUCUCCAGAGCGCCGUUGGAAGACGGCACUGGCCUACAGUGCCCUUUGCUCACUGCAGAGGAAGAAGGAACCGCCUUCAAAAUGGCUGCCUCCCAGCCAGCUUCACUCUGGGCUCCCGGAGCUCUGCUCAGCGACGUGUCAAAUGAGAAAUGGCCUUAAAGGACAUCCGUGGCCCCCUCCCCCUGCUGUGGUGUCUCUCCGCGCGACCGUGUGCCUGUUGCGCCUCUACCCAGGCCGGCCCAGAUUGCACUAACUCUCCCGGAACGCAGUAGUUUUAAGGUGAUGUUUAGGACCCUGUCUGUUAAGUGUUUUCAACAGGGGAACAUUAGCUGAAAAAGCAAGAUGUUGAGCCCUAUCUGUGAUUUGACAUUUCAAAAAAAUUUUAAAAAAGUGUGAAAGAAAAGGAAAAGUGUGAACACAUCCACAUGUCAAGUGCAAAAUCAUUUCCACAUUGACACUUUUUAAAAUGGUGGUGUUGCCCAUGUUGUUGGCAAAAAUGUUUCCUAGUAAUGUCUAACAUCAUUAAAUAUGGGCAUAUGUAUUAACUGAGAUUCUGUAUUAGAAUACUUGGUCAAAUGUGAUGCAUUCUUUCUGAGUAUAAAUAUGAGUAUUACAUGAAAAACAGAACUGAAAAUGUUGAUAUUUUGCACCUACUUAACUAUUGGGUAAAUAUGAAGAUUUGUUUACCAUAUUGUUUACAAAACAUUUUUCCUUUUCACACAGACUUAUUUUUGAUUUUAGUUGUAAGGAGUUUAUUUUCAAUUAUUAGCAGCUUUGCUUACUCUACUCAAAUGGCAGAUUUUUUUGUGUUUGGAAACUGUAUUGUGGAUGAGAAGUACUUUUGGUUUAUUGCUUUGAAAUUAAAAUGGAAAAAGCACCGGUUUU